CGUACAGCUCUUCUCAGCUCAGCAAAUCAAAAUGAAGUUCUUCAUUGCAAUCAUGGCUGUGGCGUUCGUCGCUGCCUCGGAGGCGUCCUACCUGCCAUACGAUGAUGUCCUGUCCUACCAGCACAGCUACGGCUAUGGACUUCCGGUGUCGAAGGUGGUCUAUGGCUCGUCGUACGGUCUCCCAGCAGCGUUGGACAAGUACUCCUACCCAUCAUCGUUGUACGGUUCCUAUCCGGCCGUGAAGAAAGUGGUCGAAUACCCGUCGGUUGCUCCAGUGCUGGCCACCAAGGUCGUUGAUAACAGCUACGAUCUGGGAUACAACAAGCUGGUCGCUCCAGUGCUGAACAGCGGAUACGGUCUGGGAUACAACAAGCUGGUCAGCGGAUACGGUCUGGGAUACAACAAGCUGGUCGCUCCAGUGCUGAGCAGCGGAUACGGUCUGGGAUACAACAAGCUGGUCAGCGGAUACGGUCUGGGAUACAACAAGCUGGUCGCUCCCGUCGUCGCCACCAAAGUCGUCGAUAAUGGACUGUGGAACUAUGGAGGAUACGGUCUGGGAUACAACAAGUAUCUGUCGACUGCUCCCGUUGCCAAAUAUGUUUUCUAAAUGUCAUUCAAUCCGUACAUG